AGCAGAAGGAGCUGGGUGGCAGGAGGAAGGCAAUAGGGCUGUUGUUGAUUGAACAAAGCCAGAGAAGGAGCGCGCAGUCCCGGAGAGAAGAGCUGCUGAGAAAUGCCUGGAAGGGAGCGUGCCAGCUACUCCUGCAGAGACCUGAAGGUGAGCAUCAGCUGAGGAUGGCAGGAGAUUCUCGAGUCCUCAUGGACCAUAACAUGGAGAUAGGAGUAACACCUGCACAGGUGAAGAAGCUACCCAAGCAUCUAAGGGAGCCUCAGAUCUCAACUGAGAGAACCCACUUGAUAUCUGACCCAGUAAAGAAGCCACGACAGCGGUACGUGCAGAAGGAUGGCAAGUGCAACGUUCAUCACGGAAAUGUGCAAGAGACCUAUCGUUACCUCAGUGACUUGUUCACUACGUUGGUGGACCUACGGUGGCGUUUUAGUUUCUUAAUUUUCACACUGGUCUAUGUCAUCAACUGGCUUUUCUUUGGGUUUCUGUGGUGGCUGAUUGCGCUCAUCCGUGGAGAUCUGGUGCAUGGAGAUGAGGAGGGCUGGACCCCCUGCGUAGAGAACCUCAACAGUUUUGUCUCAGCCUUCCUCUUCUCUAUUGAGACAGAGACCACCAUUGGUUAUGGUUACCGUGUGAUCACAGAAAAAUGCCCUGAAGGUAUUAUACUGCUUUUGGUGCAGGCCAUCUUGGGUUCCAUUGUUAAUGCCAUGAUGGUGGGCUGCAUGUUUGUUAAGAUCUCACAGCCAAAGAACCGUGCCGAGACCCUCAUGUUCUCACACAAAGCUGUCAUAUCGGUGCGAGAUAAUAAGAUGUGCCUGAUGUUUCGAGUGGGGGAUCUCAGGAACUCUCACAUUGUGGAGGCAUCAAUUCGAGCAAAGCUGAUCCGCUCGCAGCAGACCAAAGAGGGGGAGUUCAUCCCACUCAACCAGACUGACAUCAACAUUGGUUUUGACACGGGAGAUGACCGUCUUUUCCUGGUGUCACCGCUCAUCAUCUCGCACGAGAUCAAUGAGAAGAGUCCCUUCUGGGAAAUGUCUAUGGCUCAAAUGGAGAAGGAGGAGUUCGAGAUUGUGGUUAUCCUUGAGGGCAUGGUGGAGGCCACAGGAAUGACAUGCCAAGCACGGAGUUCAUACCUGGAUACCGAGGUAUUAUGGGGCUACCGCUUUACACCAGUUUUAUCCCUGGAGAAGGGCUUCUACGAGGUAGACUACAAUAACUUCCAUGAUGUCUAUGAGACCAACACCCCCACCUGCAGCGCCAAGGAGCUGGCGGCUAAGCUUCGGGAUGAGCCGCUUUUGCCUCAGCUGCCACUCCUCAGCCCUGAGCCCAAAACGCACACUUUUGACCUCUUAGACCGUCUGUCAAUGCAGGAUCCACUAAGCCAGGAUGAGGAGACGGAGGAGAGGAAUUCAGGGGGUGACAGGGGAGAGACCAAUGGCUCAGCUGCUGCUUUAGAGGAGCCGCCCCUUGCUGAUGGACUGCCUGACUGAAGGGUCACAUCAGUUUAAAAAAAAACAAAAAAAAAACAGGAAGAACUGAACUAUACAACGCUUAAUUUAAUCAAUGGCCUGCUUGUUCCCUUGCAAUUAUUGGAGACUAAAGACAUCUCUCUCCAAUUUUGACUCAUGCAAUACUCCUCCUUAGAGUGUCAAUCUAUAGUAUAGAUUGGUUUUGUAGACAAGUACACAUACAGAGACGCACAUUUACAAUAUAAAUAUAUAAACAAAUAUAUUUACUCUUAAAGGCUGGUGGUUCAGAUUGUUCUUUUAUAACUGUUACAACCUGUUAUAACUCAUCAGCUCAAGUUUUGUAUAACAGCCCAGUCUCACUGAAAAAUUCGCAACACGGAAAACUUUGUGCUCAUGAGCUUCAUUAGUUGGGAUACGAUUUAAUUUAAUCAUUUGGCUUGAUGGAUAAGUAACAAAAUAUGAUUAUCUGUUCCUCUGUCAGGAUAUUUCUGUGUCCCGUAGCACAAAAAAAAAAAAGAAAAAAACAAAAAAGAAAGAAAGAAAGAAAGAAAACAUUGAGUUUUUGUGACUAUUUCAGGUUUUACUGAGACUGGGUUGUACCGUAUAUAAACUUGAACUUGCACUGGUAGCUACAGUAUGACAGCACACCAUGGGUUUAUUACAGAUGCUCCAAUGAUCUCAUUAGGAUGUAUCCAUUCAGUUCCACUUCUAUUCAUUCUCUUCACACAAACAAAAGUUUUACCAGUCAUAAAAUUUGAUAGGAGAAGCAAUUACAACAGGAGUCAACUUUAUUUAUUCAUUUUCUCAGAAACAGCUCAACACAGUAGCAUCAGUAAAUCCUUAAGGCCCAUUUAUGCUACAUUUAUAUACAUAAAUAUGUAUGUCCGUUCCAAAUGACACUGCCUUCAUACUUUCCCUUACAUUGGCAUGGUUGUUAAGAAAUACAUCCACAACAGGGCAGUACAGAGUUCAGAUUUCACCACCAAGUUCCGAUGUUUCAGACAAAAGCAAACAUGGAGACAGUGGAUGUGAACAUGAUAACGUACUUUCUCAAGAAAAGACACAGCACAGUAGACGACAGUGGUCUAUGCGGCCAUUAAAUACAUUGCAGCUUCUUCUUCUUCUUUGCACCUUUGCACCUUUCUGUCCCGUCAGGUAUGCAUCCACAAGGGCCCCGAAAAUGGACCAAAUUACUAACAUAAAUGACACAGAAGACAGACUAAAUGCUCCAUAUCCAUCUUAAGCAUAAAGCAUAAAUGGACCUUAAUUCUUGUUUUCCCAACAUAAAUCAUACCAUGUCAUCUUUAUUACCAUUUCUUUUUUCUCCCUUGGUCAUGCACACUUAUCCUACAAUGGCUACAUGGCUAUUCUCAAGGUAGUGGAGCCUUACUAUUAUUCAUUUUGUUAAAAUGGGGAAGACACUGUUGACUUUUUCUGUCAGUGUUAUUAACUAUGUAAAAAAAUUGCUUUUACCUAGAAAGAACUAUAUAAGCUUUCUGGUUUGCAAGAAAAGAGCAAGGAAGCUCUCAGUGUCUACAGGAAACCAUAAUCCAGUUUAUUUUCUUUGUUCACACCCUUAUUCAUUGUUGCACUGUUCUAAACACAGUGAUUAUGUUUGCCUGACUUUGACACCGGCAGCCUUGACCUAAAGCCCAGUUAGUACCUCAUUUUAUACACAUUUUCAGGGUUUUAAACUACUAACUAAACUAAACUACAGGCAAAUGCUGAUACUUGCUGUAUAUGCUACUGACUUCACUCUUUUGAAAACGUCUUGGCUGAUUAAAGAGUUUGUUCUGCUUCUCACUGCAGCAACUGAAACAUUAAAUCCAAGCCCCUGAACAUGAAGCACAAUUCCCCAUGAGUGGAUUCCACAUUGACCUAACCACCCACUGAGCUACUGCUUACUUGCUGAUGCAUGUCAGUCCUAGUUAGAGAUGACAUUCAAAUAAAUAUAAAAAUUCAAAUUUGAAAUAUUUAUGCUCAGCUUCAGUUUGGAAAGAUACAAAUUUUCCUAAGGUACUAAAGAUACAUACGUAUAUAUAUAUAU